GGACGCAGUACUUUUGCUUUCACUUCACCUCGCAGUCUCCUCCCAGUCAUUUCUGAGAAAACAAAACUGACAAGAAGUCUGCUUCUACUUUGUCUCUUUCAGUCUCCAAAUCGAGUAAAAUGGCAGAAGCUAGUAUUUCAAUCGAUCAGGAGCAUUUUAGUUGUUCGAUCUGUUUGCAUCUUCUGAAGGAGCCAGUGACUACUCCAUGUGGACACAGUUUCUGCAUGGUGUGUAUUAAUGGGUUUUGGGAUACAGGAGAUAAGAAGAAAAUGUACAGCUGUCCACAAUGCAGGGAGACUUUUAAACCGAGACCUGUCCUUUCCAAAAGCAACGUGUUGACUGGGAUUAUCGACAUAUUGCAAAGGACCGAGCAGCAAACAUCUUUUGUUCAAGCUUUAGACAUCAUUUCCCACGAGGAUCAGGACGUGGAGUGUGAUUCUUGCAUUGGUGUCAAAGACAAAGCUGUGAAGUCCUGCCUGACAUGCCUGGCUUCUUACUGCGAUUCUCAUGUUAAGGCCCAUUUUGAAGCUCAGGCUUUCAAGAAUCACACACUUAUCGCAGCCAUGAGUAACCUCCAGCAGAAGACGUGUGCUCAACAUAACAAGCUUCUUGAAGUUUUUUGCCGACACGAUCAGAAGGUUAUUUGCUACCAGUGUUCGAUGGACAAACACAGAGAUCAUGACACAGUCCCAGUGCAGGAGGAGUGGGUGGAGAAAAAGAAGUUCUUUGGGGAUCUACAAGAAAAAUAUCAGAAUAGACUUGAGAACCGAGAGAAGACAUUGCUGGAGCUGAACCAUAUGAUAGUGGCUUAUAAGCACUCAGUACAGACAACAGUGGAGGACAGUGAAAGAAUCUUCUCUGAGCUGAUACUCUCUAUAGAGAAAAGACGAGCCGACGUGACCGAAAUAAUCAGAGCUCAGGAGAAAGCUGAACUGGCUCAAGCUGCAGGAGUACUAGAGCAGCUAGAGCAGGAGAUCACUGACCUGAAGAAAAGACAAGCAGAACUGGAAAAGUUGUCCCAGACCACUGGAUACGUCCAUUUCCUCCAGAGAUUUCAGUUCCUGAGUCCUCAACUGGAAACUUCUGAACCCUUCAAGGUUGCUUUUAAUUCCGAGUGGUCAUUUGAGAACUUUAAGAAAUCCAUAAUCCAACUAAAGGAGGAAGUAGUAGACUUCUGUAAGGAAAAGGUUGUGAAAGUGUCUGAAAAUGCAGUGACAUUUGACCCGAUCGUUAUAAUGCCUGAGCCAGAGACCAGAGAGGAAUUCUUGAAAUAUUCCUGUGAGCUAUCUCUUGAUCCCAACACUGCAAACUAUAACAUUGGACUGUCAGACGAUAACACGCAAGCAAAAUGUGAUAAUAAACACUAUGAAUACCCCGAUCACCCAGAGCGAUUUACAUCCUGGCAACAAGUGCUUUGCAAACAGAGUGUCCCUCAACGUAGUUAUUGGGAGGUUGAGGUGGAUGGCGAAAAUGGAGUUUCCAUUGCUUUGUCUUAUAAAACCAUCAACAGAAAAGGUGAUGGAAAGGACUGUCGUUUUGGACUGAAUGAACAGUCAUGGAGGUUGGUUCGAUAUCCUAAUAAAUACUUUUUCUGGCAAAAUGAUAUCAAGACUAAUGUCUUGGUCAAGGGAGCCAAAAGAAUUGGGGUCUAUCUUGAUCAAAAGGCAGGAACUCUGUCCUUUUACAGUGUUUCUAAUAAAAUGACCCUAAUUCAUAAAGUCACAACUACAUUUAAUCAGCCCCUGUAUGCUGGCUUUGGGAUAGGUACUGGGUCCUCUGCAAAGAUUUGCCUCCAGGUCUCAGCAGCUAAAAUUGCUGCUGCUGAGUGUUUAAAGACAAAAUAAGGUGUGAUAGUGGAUUAUUAAAGGAAACUUUAAAUAUGCAGUACAAAUGUAAGUACAAAUGUUAGUACAUUUCCAAGUUUUUACCCAAUAAUGGGCAAUGCUGUUAAAUCUUCUCUGCUAAAAAUGAAAUGGAUAUUGUCCCAAUGCCUUGGGAUCAUUGGAAUCCUAACACUUUUAUUAUUGAUAUGCUGCAAAAAAAAAAAAAUUCUAAUGGUUUUUAAAUUUUCUCAUUGUAUAAUAAAAUUAUAAUGUUAAAUUAUAAUUAAAUUAAAUGAAAAAAAUAAGGUUCUGUGAAUAUACAAUCAUAGCAAAACAUUUAAUAAUGAUAUUGUUUUACAGAAAAUUUAAAGUUUGAUUUACCUCCAGACAGAUGCAAAUGCAAAACAGUAUGUGCAUGUUAGUAACUUUGCUUGGUAAGUGUCACUUGGUAUUACAUGUUGGAAUUAUGUUGUAUAAAGUAUUAUACUUUUUUGUGCAAAUAAAUGUUAAGUAGGAAACUGUUA